CACGGGGCGGGCGAUGACGUCACCAGUGACGUCACGCCGUCCCCCCCCCCCCCCCCCCCCCCCGCAGCCACCUCGGACGGGACCCCCGAGGGGCUGGAGAAUCGCCAGGGCGGGGCCUGCCUGACCCGGGCCAUGAGGGUCACCCUGCGCGUGGGACAGCGCCCCGGCGCGGAGCGCGCCGCUGGACCAGGACGGACAGACUCAGCCAAUCAGACGAGCCCGCCCGGGCCGGGCCCGCCCCCCGCGCGGGGGGGGGCGGUGCUGGGGGGCGCGGGCUCGAGCCCCGAUCUUGAACCCAAAUCGUCGAUUUUAGGGUCCCGAAUCCUCAUUUUUUGGGGGAAAAAAGUCAUUUUUAGCGCCCGAUGCCUCUUUUCGGACACCCCGAGCCUUCCUUCGAGAAAGUUAAAUCCCCAUUUUGGGGGGAAAUCCGCAAUUCCUGCACCUGAAACGCGUUCGAAGCUCCGAAAUUUCCUCACAAAAACCCCAAAUUCCUCAAAAAAUCCCGAAUUCCCUCACUCGAACCCCAAAUUCUCCGUCACGGGCAUCCGGCUGACGUCACCGUGGGAGGGGGGGGGGGAGGGGAGGGGACACCCACGCGGGGCCGGGGUGACUCACGCGGUGUCACCACGCGGUGACGGGGACGCGGCGCCGGCACUCGCGGGGCCGGCGGCACCCGGGGCACACGCGGGGACGGGUGAGGGACCCGCGGGGACAGCGGGCACGGGGCCACCCGUGGCGUGGCGUGGCGUGGGGGGCACCCGCGGCGUGGGGAGGGCGGAGCCAGAGCCGGAAGGGAGCGAUGAUUGGCUGCCAGGCGAGAGGCGCGCUGUGAUUGGCCGGUUCCUGGAGAGCGUCGCGGGAUCGGUGCCCGUCCCUGCCCCCUAA